AAGCCAGCACAAGGGAAGCGUUCGUGUCCACAGGAGGCUGUACCAAGUGAUGAGGCCAGCGCAGAAAAACCACAGGAGCUGGACACCUCUGAACCAGAAUGGGACUGGGGCUGCAGUAGUGUGAAUCCUACGGCCCAGUUGCAAAGCAAGAAAGAACUGAGCUCUGUGGGUGAAGGCAAUGUAGUGGGCCCCCCAAAUCUCAGGGCUGAUGCCGAUAAACGCACUGAAAAGGAGUGCAGCGUGCCAGCAGAGCGUGAGUACUGGCGGAACGACAGCACUAUCCUGGAGGCAGAGUCCCUUGAAGCCUGCCUGGAAAUUCCACUUGAGGACAUAAAGGAGCUUCCUCGAACUCGGUCUGGUCUCCAGUCCUACAGAAAUCACUUGAUCAUGGAGCUGCUGUGGUUGCAACAAGCUAUUGUCAGCCGUAAAAAUUACUUGAUGCUGAAACAGAGGCUGGGGACUCCUGACCCAUAG